CGGGAAGAAACCAGCUGCUCUAAAGAAACGACGGUGAGUUCAAACUCUUCUGCUUAUAUUCAGCCCCUGUUAUUUUCCACGCGGCCAUCUACUACUUUGCUAAGGGCGUCGCUUAUCGUGUAGACAGCUAACUAGCUGCUUCUGUCCGGGUGCAUUCUUCAAGAACGCGGCGUGCAUAUCCUUAGCAGAAGGUCCAAUCUCUAAAUAGACAAGUGCCGUGAAACUUGCCUGUGUGAUAUUUUUCAGAAGCAGGGAGACCAUGGCAGCGGGGCUGGAGGAUAGAAUGGACUCAUUUGAACGGCUGGAGAAGAUUGGGGAGGGGACGUAUGGGGUGGUGUACAAGGCAAAGGUGAAAGGCUCGGGCCGAACCGUAGCUCUCAAGAAAAUCAGACUCGACACUGAGUGUGAGGGUGUGCCGUCCACAGCUAUUCGUGAGAUUUCUCUUCUCCGGGAACUGGACCAUCCCAACAUCGUCAAUCUAAUGGAGGUCCUCCACUGUGACAGAAAGCUGUACCUCGUCUUCGAAUACUUGGACUACGACCUCAAGAAAUUCAUGGACAGAACACCUAACAUUGAGCCCGAGCACGUGAAAGCCUACAUCUACCAGGUGUUGGAUGGAAUAGCAUUCUGCCACUCCCACAGAGUCCUCCACAGGGACCUGAAGCCACAGAACCUCCUCAUAAACACCACCGGUGUCGUAAAACUUGCCGACUUCGGGCUUGCUCGUGCGUUCGGAGUCCCCGUCAGAACUUACACACACGAGGUGGUGACACUGUGGUACCGAUCUCCGGAGCUCCUGUUCGGGUCUCAGUACUACAACACACCAGUCGACAUCUGGAGCAUCGGGUGCAUCUUUGCCGAGAUGUUGUGUAGGAGACCACUUUUUCCCGGAGAUUCGGAAAUCGACCAACUCUUUAGAAUAUUCAGGACACUGGGUACCCCGGACGACCGGUUGUGGCCUGGAGUUAGUCUCCUGCCCGACUACAAGAACACCUUCCCCAAGUGGCCGCGACGGAAUCUCCAACCGGUCGUCAAGACGGCAGAUCCUCUAGCUGUUGACCUCUUAGAGCAAAUGUUAAUCUAUGAACCGGCAAAGAGGACGUCAGCCAUGAACAGUCUCACUCACCCAUACUUCAAAGACGUUCAGAGCCCCACUAAAUUAUAAGAUGUCCGUCGUCAACUCCUCUAUAUAUACAAGUGUCUAUAUAAUGUUCUUGUAACUGUCUGAUACCGAUGCUUCAUGUACAGGGCCACCAGUUUUUAAAUUGCAUCUCAUAAUAAUUAUUGUGAAUUUAGAAUCGUUUAGUGUGUAAAUAAAAAUAAUUAUGCCAACGAAAAAUACUUUAACUUAAUCAUGAAAAGUGUGAAGAAAGAAGAGCGACAAAUCAGUGUUGAGAGGGUAGUUGGUCUGCAGGAAUCUCAGAAGCCGCGACUCCAUACAGUCUCCUCAUUCUCUCCACGUUGUCCAUCUUCUCCAGCCCGAGCUCCUUGGCGCGGGUCUCCAGGAACUCUGGGUAGCCAAACACUGCCUUCCUCAUCAUGUCCAGGAACUGCGGCACGCCUGUCUUGGCUGCCCAGUUGAUGAGCCACGUUGGGAUCAUCCCCUUGGGGUUGUCAUAGUAGUGCAUAAAUGCUUUUGAACCGACCUUCCCAUCGGUCCUCAUCACACAGGACUGCUGAAAUGAGUCCACGCGGACUAUGCCACUGCGCUCCUUCUCCUCCGGGAACAGAUGGCUCUUUGCCAUCACUGCAUAGGUACGGACACCGUCAAUCUCGACGAUCUUGAAGUCUCGAACAAAUGUGUACUAUAUACACGGUAUCAGACGUCACUAGUCAAAGAUCAUCCGCAGUAAAAGUGCAUAAUAACUGGCACCGAUUA